UAAGACAUAACCUAUUUUUAAAGGACAGCUGUUUUUGAUACAUAAAUUUGUGAAUAACGUUCUUUGCAGUGGCAUCAAAAUUUGAAGAGAUAAAUAUUUAAAUUGAAAACAUUACCUGGUCACUACAACCGCAAUAAAUAGGUUUGCUUCAAGUGACAUAUCAAACAAAACUUUCUAAACAAAUAAAUCACCCACAUACUUCCAAAUUUGGAUUAUUUUGUAAAUAAACUUUUGUGUUUGUAAAUCUUGGUGUAUAAGAAAAAUUUCCAUUAGUAGGUACAUUUACAGUAUGUAUUUUAACAAUGGAUCAUAAAAUUAUUACAAAUCAAAAUAUCCUGACAAGUGUUAUUCAUUUUAUAUCAAACUAAAAUUUUUACACUUUGCAUUUUGCAUCUUUCCAAAAAAGGAAUAAAAAGGUGUGAUAGUUACCCUAUAUAGAAACUUACAUAAAAUGGGUUUGAACUUUUCAACACAUAAAUUUGUAAGCAAUGUUACAGGAUAUGUAACAGGAAGAAAGAGGAAACUAUGUGAUUCAGAAGAUGAGGAAAUAAAUAAAGUUAUUGAUAUUGCUUUACAUACCCCUAAAAGAAAGAAGUUAGAGAGCACCGCACAGUAUAUCUACCAGGCAUUGUUUUUAGAAGGACAGAGUUCAGAUGUGACACUAUGUGCAUUAGGAGAAGAAUUCCACCUACAUAAAGUAUACCUUUACCAAAGUCCCUAUUUUGCUAGCAUGUUUGGAGGGUCUUGGUUAGAAACAAAUCAAAAAUAUGUCACUAUAGACAUUGUAGAUCCUUCAAUUACCGUAGAUUCCAUGAAGGUAGUACUGGGUUCCCUAUACAACUGUGAUAUAAUUCUGAACCCAUUAGAAAUUGUACCUAUAUUGGCAACCGCUACAAUGCUUCAAUUGGAUGGUUUAAUUGAAAAAUGUACUGAAGUUAUGUUGGAAACAAUUAAUCCAAAGACUGCUUUAAGUUACUACACCGCUGCGUGUCAAUAUGGUGAUAAGAAGCUACAAGAUGUCUGCUUUAAAUGGUUUCUAGUGAAUCUCAUGACAUAUUACUUACAUUCAAGUCGACCACUCUCUGAAUUAAAAACCCUUCCAAUCUCGCUGAUGGCAAAGCUUAUAGCACACCCAGAUCUCUUCGUUAUUCAGACGGAAUAUUCCAUUUAUGUGAUGUUGAAAUACUGGAUGUACUACCAGAUCUUCCCAGAAUCGGACGAACCGUCAAUUAAUACUAUUAACGAGUACUUUUGUUCAUUAACAGAAACUUUACCAUAUCUCCUUACCGCUGAAGGGAAACAAUUCAUAUCUGUGUUCCUUGGCCUUAGAUUACAAAAUCUAAUAGCUCACCAACACGAUGUAAUAUUGAUACUUCGUGAUAACAUUAUUCCAAGAACUUGGCUCGAUUCUGUGAUUCUGCAAGAAUGGAAGAAUGUUCUAAGGAUUAAUCAAAACGAUGAUAAAGGACCCAGUGACAUCUCCGACGAAGUCUUCUUAGCAACUAGUUUAAGAUGUGGACGUGUUUUAACCGCUAAGGAAAGACACGUUUGGAGAUGGACGGGAUUCCACUUUGGUGUCGAUUUGUUGAUGAUUACGGACGAUUCGACGAUUUCCAUUAAGAGGAACCACAGAUCUGAAUUUGGGCAGCUUUUAAGUUUACAAACAACAAGACACGUAGCUAUAAGAGUGACAGUUACGUGCUUAAACGAGCAAAGGCAGAUUGUUUAUAGCAAACAAUCGGACGUUUUGAAAGUUUCCUUAACGAAAGGAGAGGAAAUCCAAAUCAUGUCUUUCGACCGUAACACGACAUAUCCCAUGGUUAUAUCAGCGAAUAUUUUAUAUACUUCGCCGGAAGCACAAGAUCCACCAGUGGAAGAGAGGCCGCAGUACCAGUCUUAACCAUAUUAGUAAAAGAGUCGAAAAUAUCCAUUUACACGGUAGCGACGUUUCUACACAUUGUAUUUCAGUACUUUAAAGAAUACUGAAAGUAGUUUAUUAGAAACAUGAAACUAUGUAUGUGCACGAUAUGAAGAAAUAGUGGACAAAGUACAGUAUUAAACAUUAUACUUGUGUUACUCAAAAAUUAUAUUAUAUGUUAAGUUUCGCAAAACGCAAAACCCAAGUCUAGAGUAUGUUAACGAUGGAUGAUUAUCUUCAAGAGCUAUUACUAAUUUUGACUGAUUUUUUGCAUUUUUAUGUUUGUUUUUGUGCAAUUAUUCCGAUAUGGUAUAAAUCAAUACAAUAAAUAUGAUAGUCCAAAACAAUUUAAGACAAUAUACUGAUACAUAUUUGAUGUAUAUGUUACAGUUCAAGUUGAUUAUCCAGUUGGAGUUGACUAUUCCUAGUUCGAGUCAACUCAAACGACUGGUUUUAGUAAAAGUUGAUUUUAAAUACAAAAUGAAGAUUUUAUUCAACAUUUCCUAGUAAAAGUAGACUCCAACUAGAAAAAGUAUACUCUUCCCAAUGCCAUUUAGUAAGAGUUGAUUCAUUUCCAAUCAUUAGGUUAAUAUUUACUAGUUAAACACUCCAAUUGGGUAUGUUCAAAUCGUGAUAAGUAGUUGAAACAAUCAAAACAAAGAGAUGCGCACUCAUCAAAAAAGCACGUGAGAUUCUACAUUUACUGAAUCUAUCCAGGAAUAGUCAACUCAAACUAGUAAGAUUUGAUUUUUUUUCCCGCGAUCUACUUUCACUAACAAGGGUUAAGAAGAGUCUACUUCAACUAUUAGUAAAAGUUGAAUUAAAUUUUUCAAAUCAACUCUUACUGCUCGUUUUAGUUUGAGUUGACUCGAACUAGGAAUAGUCAACUCUAACUGAGAAUCAACUUGAACUGUAACAUAAUAAUAUACAAUUGAUACAAUUUAACCCUGUCACAUGAUGAUACAAUUUAAUAAUACAUUAAUUAACUGUAUAGACUGUAUGGAAAUGGUGGUUAUUUGAUGACAAUUCAUGUUCAGUUACAAAACAUAAAACACAAAACAGUCUUUUUUAAUUUGCACAAAAUAUAAUUUUUGUGGAGUUUUGUUUUCUUAUGUUUUUUUUGUAAAUACUAAAUAAAUUUUCUAAAACUUAUUAGAAGACCAUAUUAUAUAUGUAUUCGUAUUUAUUUUCGUUAUAAGAUCUAUGAUACCAUUUUCAGAUAUUUAUUAACCUGUGUCCUAAAAGUUGUGGCACAAAAUAUUUAUCGGAUUUUUUAAUGAAUACAUUUAUUUAAACACUGUAUAGUACCCUCGGAGAUCGCUGGGAAAAUUUACACUCAAAAUAACAAAAUUCAGUUUGGCAACACUGUGGUAAUGCUAAUAGUAACAUCCUUUUUAAGAUAAACAGAACUGUAAUUUAGUCCAGACAAAUUAAUAUAUUUUUUGCCGACAAAAAUGAGAUUUUUCAACUAAAUAAUGUUUCAAAUAUGAUGUGCAGAAUAAUUUUUAAUUGGGUUCAGUUAAUGAGCUUGCUUAGUAGAAAAAACUUUAAAUUUCACUCAUUAAAUCAUUAUCGUCUUAAUUAUUUUAACUGUACUAAUAUCCGUCGACUAAUUCUAAAUGAUUAAUGAGUUGUUAAAACAUUUUAUCUGUAGCGGCUUCUGGAAUGUCUUAAAAAUAUCGAAUUUCAUUGAUAAAAUGCGCAUAUCCCACCGAUCUUCGCUUCGAUCAUACUAGUUAUCAUAAAAUACCAUUCAAUACUUAACUAAACAAUACUAUCGAAUUAUGUGGAGUGGACCAUUCUUCUUUACUAUUCGUCGCCGACCUCUCUGAUUGAUAACCUGACGGUAACUCUUUUGUAUUCCAUAAAAUUGUGAUUAAAGCAUUUAUUCUUCCUGAUUCAUUGUAUUUAAACCAAAGAUGCAAUGAAAAUGUUUGAAACCCAUUCAAUUGUAGACUUUGUACGUAAUGAAAAUAAUUAUUCAAAUAUUAUGUAAUGAAAAUAAACCAAGUUAAUAUUUUGUCUGUUCAUGGUUUCUUAUUAUAAGCGAUUCCAAGUAUGUAUAUUCAUUAAAUCUGUGUUCUGGAAAAUUUAGAAAACGAAAAUUAAUUAAAAAUUAUGUUUUUAACUUUGUCUCCUUUGUUAAAAGGAAAGGUUUAAUUUUAAGAGCACAGAUAAGAUUCUUAAUUUUUUGUUCCCUAUAAUUUGAAAAUAGUGUUAAAUGAACUUACUGAAGAUUAGAAUUUUAUUUAUAAGUUAAUGUUAUUAGGGACAUAAUCUUCCAGUAAUAUUCAGACAAAAUAUUCGAUUAAAAUGGAAUUAAAUCGUUUAAAAUCUUGAUGAUGAUGAAUAAUUUGUUGAAUAUUUUCAGUAAACGAUUUAAUAACCAUCUACAGAUGAUUCCGUUAGAAUAGUAAUAGUAUAUUAUAUACCGUUAUAAAAUUAACCCAUCAUUAAAACUUUGUUUUAAUUUUAAAUUUGUAAAGUUUUACUACUUAAUGUUAUUGCAUUUUACUUCUUAAUGAACUUGUUUUUAUUGAUUAGAAUUGAACUGUUCAAAAACACAUACAAAUAUCAAUAAGAAACAAUAAUGUUGAAUGUAAAGGAUUAAGUCGACUCCUGGUUUUGUGAAAAAUAUAACUCAUUCUGUAUUUUUUUAAAUUCCCCUAGAUAUGUCACGUAGGUGACUGACCGUUGUAUUGCAUCUCUUAUUUACUCUGUAGGUUCAUAUGUAAGAUGUAACUUUUAAUAAAUAUUGUCUAUGAACAACGGACCUUACAAAUUUCACGGCUUAUAUUCUCUUGAGGUCUUUUUGGUAUGUUAAAUUAAAACGAGACAAUCAACGUAAAAACGCCCGUUGUAAUUGGUAUAAUUUAAUAUAAAUUAAAAAUACAAAUGGAUUACAUUAAUAGUCAGAACCUUGUCGGCCUCAUCAGUCCAUCUUCAGUGGACUUGAAGUACUUGGUAAAUAGCCCUAGAACCAAACAGUGGUUGGAUUUAAGGUAUUAGCUACAUUUUCAAAAUUGUAAAAUUAGCCGACCAAAAGCCGAUCAAAAUGGGCAACUUUCCGGGAACGCAAGGUCCCUACUCGAAAAUAAAGGUUACACGUCUGUUUAAUUGUGGGACUAUUUAGCAAUUACCUCAAAGUUCACUGAAGAUGAACUGAUAAGUCUGAAAGCAUUCUCAACAUUAAUGUAAUCCAUUUGGAUUCUUAAAUUUUAAUUAAAAUACAGGGUGUCCCGGAAAAUAGUGCGUUCCUUCAAGGUAUGGGCUAAGUGCACCAUUUAGGGCAAAAAAGUCUAAUAAAAUUUUUUUGUAAAGUCAACCGUUUUCAAAAAAAUAAUUUAUUAAUUUUAAUACAUUUGAUUAAUGUCCACAGAAAAGACUGUAACUCAACUAACAUGAAUCAUCGACCAUUAGGCAUAAUAUUAUGUAUUGAUAAAAUACUGAUAACAGUGAUAGAAAAACAGCAUAAUAUUUGUGUUUAUUAAAUAUCUAAUAAAUAAGGUUUGUAUAGUGUUUUAACUUUAAAACAUGAAAAAAUUUUAUUACAAUCAAGCUACGUCUUCAAGAAGUAUCGAUAGAACAGGUUGCAAAAAAUUUGAGUACCCACACUUCUCCAUUCAAUCUUCUGGGAAGUUCGAAUGGUUCAAUCAGAUGAAUAAUCCCAGCCCAUAAAUUCAUACUUUUGGCAAUUAUGUAAGUUAAACACACCAUUUCUGGUAAAACAAGCUUUAUCUGCACACAACACUACACAAAAAUUCGGGUUCUCUGAAGAUUUUGUUUGAAACCGUCUACAAAUCCUUAAUCUUCAAGGUAAAUCGCCUUGGUGUAAAUCUUGCAUUAAUUGUACACUAUACGUAAUUAACAUGAUACUCGCGAUCGAAAUAAUGACAAUACCAAAUAAUAAAUAAAACAAUACGAUGUAUUCUUGGGUUACAGGUAAUUAUGAGAUGACUGUUUGUGUUUACAAUUUUAAAUAUCUUCGCUAUGUCAAAAUAAAUAAAACUGCCGGGUUGCCAAAUGUAAAUUUUAGUAAAAUACAUUAUUUUAUUUUUUUGAGGCAACAGAUGACUUUAGAAAAAAAAAUUAUAAUAAAGUUAUAAUUAUAAUAAAGUCUACUCACACCGUUAAGGAACGCACUAUUUUCCGGGACACCCUGUAUACCAUUUACAACAGGAGUUUUUACUUCGAUGUUAAAGUUUUUAAAUAUGUAUUAUACAUUACGGGUAGAUAGUGGAUAGGUAGUAAACCACUUUAUUUAAUAGUAUUAAUGGAUAUCAUUGUUAAAUUAUUCAUUUAUUACCCAAUUAUUCACAGUUAUUAUAUGUGGUACUUGUAGAACCACAUUGUAUAUUUUUUAUAUUUACUACACAAUGUUUUGUCUAGUAUGCUAUCGAGUAGCUUAUAAAGAAAAGUUAAAUCCAGGUACCAGCUUAGUUUUUUUUUAAAGUAGAAACACCGUUUAUAUCCAAAUUUCGGAAAUCCAUUUUUGCAAGUUCCAAGUUUAAAAUGAGCAAAAAAACUGUUACAUAAGAAAGGUUUACCUAUUAACUUGACUCAAAACUAAAGGUUUUGACAAUAAGUUGAUAUACACUCACCGGCACGAAAAACGGGCACCCCAAAAAAUGGGUCAUAAUUGUUUCAAUAUUUUUAUAGCCUUAUUCUUUAGCAAUAUCGCUGUAGCAAUAUUGUUGCUAGACAUGUAAAUUUUCAUUGUAUACCGGGUGUACCAAUCAAAACUGGGUUUUUUUCUCAAUUUUCACAACACCCUGUGGAAUAUUCUAGCCUUUAUAAAAUAUUGAAAUUAAAACCCAACUAUAGCCCCAGGUUUUCUUAACAUUCUGUUUUUUAUUCAUUCGCUUAUGUUGGAUAAUAAAAAAGUUAGGGACUUUAACAACUAGAUAUGUUCUUUAUCAAUACAGGGUGUUUCUAAAUAAGUGCGACAAGCUUUAAGGGGUAAUUCUGCAUGAAAAAAUAAUGACCGUUUGCUUGAUAAACCUAUGUCCGCAAAUGCUUCGUUUCCGAGAUACGGAAUGUUGAAUUUUUUUUUACAAACUGACGAUUUAUUUAUUGCUCUAAAACCGGUUGAGAUAUGCAAAUGGAAUUUGGUAGGUUUUAAGAGGUAGUUAUUGCGCGUUUUUUGACAUAAAACUAAAAAUUUUAUAUUCACCAUUGGCGUGCAUGCGGGUAAUAUGAUAUGGUAAUAUGAAACAUAUGCACGCCAAUGGUGAAUAUAAAAUUCUUAAUUGUAUGUGAAAAAAUGCGCAAUAUCUACCACUUAAAACCUACCAAAUUUCAUUUGCAUAUCUCAAUCGGUUUUAGAGCAAUAAAUAAUUCGUCAGUUUGUAAGAAAAAUUCAACAUCCCGUAUCUCGGAAACGAAGCAUUUGGAGACUUAGGUCUAUAAAGCAGAGGGUCAUUAAUUUUUCACGCAGAAUUACGCCUUAAAGUUUGUCGCACUUAUUUAGAAACACCCUGUAUUGAUAAAGAACAUGGCUAGUUGUCCCUAACUUUUUUAUUAUCCAACAUAAGCGAAUGAAUAAAAAAACAGAAUGUUAAGAAAACCUGGGGCUAUAGUUGGGUUUUAAUUUCAAUAUUCUAUAAAGGCUAGAAUAUGCUACAGGGUGUUGUGAAAAUUGAGAAAAAUACCCAGUUUGAUUGGUACACCCGGUAUACAAUGAAAAUUUACCUGUCUAGCAACAAUAUUAUUACAGAGAUCUUGCUAAAGAAUAAUGCUAUAACAUAUUGAAACAAUUAUUUAAAUCAGACAACAGGUUUAAGAGAUACGAGACAUCAAAAAUGGCUCAUUUUUUGGGGUGCCCGUUUUUCGUGCCGGUGAGUGUAUUAAUUAAAAAAAUAUUUUUUUAUUUCUCAAAUAAUACUUUUAGUAUUUAUAUUAUUUCUCAAAUAAUAUCAGUUUUUAUCAAUAAAAUCAUUUACCUAUUUUUGGGUCACAGUCUUAAUGCAAAAUGAAUAGACAGGUGCCUUUGUGUGUGCGUAUGCGUGCGCGUAUUAGUCAUGGGAAUUAUAAUUUUGUUUUGAGUACGUAUCUGUCAAUUUAUUUUACGUUAACAUUUUGGGGCACAAGCUAGGUGAGAGAAUAAAAAAAGGUUGAUAUUAUUUUUCGUGUUAUACCAACUGAUUAUCGGAAAAUUUUCGUAAUUAGUGAAAUUAAUAACAACAAAGUUAUGUACUGAAAUUCGAAAAGAGCUUAAUAUAACUUGGUGUAUUUGCUGUUUUCAAAUAUGUACACAUAUUUCCAAACUUCUGGUAUACAAUGGGGUUUUUUUUUCAAGUGAAAUAAUUGUUAAAAAAUUUUUUGAGUUUCUAACUACAUAAUAUUAUAAACUAUUAUUUAUACGAUAUUGUGUACGUAACACGAUAGGCAAACAAUGUAUUCAGUAAAUAUGAAAAAUUAUGCAAUGAGGUUCGUAAGUUGUGAAUAAUUAAAAAAAAAUUCAAACUGGAUUUACAUAUUACAAUACAUCCUGUAUCUGGCUGAUAAGUAAUCAGAGACCCAUUAAAUAUAUGUGAUUUAGAACUUCCUCGGUGUCUAGUAUCGAUCCUUAUUUACAGUUGAGUCCGGGAAUCUUUACCCGUGCGUCAUCAUUUAAAGCAUACGAAAUAAGUCGAUGAUAAGCCGGAAAUUGAAAUUCAAGUCACUUACUGUCACUUGCUGUUGCGUUUAAUAAAUUGCAAUUUCCGACUUAUCGUCAACUUAUUUCGUAUGCUUUAAAUGAUGACGCACGGGUAAAGAUUCCCGGACUCAACUGUAUAUGCAUUUCCACAUGAAUCACCCUAUAUAAAAUGUUCAUUAAUUAAAAUUUUCAAACAUUAAAAGGCAUUAAAAAAAUUGAUGGGUUAAUUUUUACUAGAUGUAUUUCAUCAAGUGUUAAGAGUUUACGUUUUACCCAAUUUAACAUAUUAUUGUAAUAAUUUUUAACACAAGUUAUUAUGAGUUAUUCAGAAGAUUUAUGACCGAUAUCACAAGUGUUCGUUAAUUCCACACUUACCAUGUUAAAACUAUUAAAUUAUUUUUAAUUGAUCGACGAAUUAUGCCAAUUAGCUGUCCUACAAUUAUUUUAAUUUGUAAUUAAACGCAAGUUAAUACAUUAAAAUAUAGUAGCGGUUAAAUUUAAUUUUCCGUUGGUGGAAUGUAAGAUUAACAAACAUUUAUGAAACCGGCGUUACAAAAAAUAAUUUUAUUACAAAGGUACCACCCCUUAACAUAGGCAAAAUGCCUCCACUUCAAAAAUUCAUUUUUUAUGUUCUAUGUAUUCAAAAAUAAGACUCAGCUCAAUUUUAACCCUCCUCCCCCCUCCCCCUCACCCUCCACCAAAAACGUAAUUUUUUCGUUUUUAUUUUUUUUGGGUGGGAUGCAAUAAAUUUAAAAAUGUCAAAAAACUCACACGCAUUGUUAAGACUUUUACAAAACGUCCCUAUAUUUUAUAGACCCAUAGGUUAAGUGUAGUUAACCUAAAAAUGCAUUUAUUUUUUGAAAAAUGCGUAUAACUUUUUUUUGAAGAUGGCUGCAAGUCCAUUUUUUUUAUUUUGUGUGUUUUAUCAAAAACCAUUUUUCUAAUUUUCUUCAGAUUUUGGUUAAUCCGAAAAACUGGUUUUUUAGGGGGGUUUUGGGGAAUGUACCCAUUUUAAGGAAUUCAAAAUAGAUCAGUUUUUUUUAUAGGUUAUAUAUAAUUUGAAGUAACUGAGUCUUUAAUAACAUUUAAAAAAUGGUAGAUACACGUUCAAACCCUCCAAAAGACCCCAAAAAAACUCACACGUUUUUGAGGGGUCUGAACGUGUUUCUCUCAGUUUUAAAUGUUCACUUUAAAUGUCCAUUUUUAAAAGCACUCGGUUACUUUACUUUUACUUACUUAGUCCUAAGCCUUUCUACCUUUAGGUGUAAGGCUGGUGGAGUUGAGUUUGGCAUUGUAGUCUCCAUGCUUUCCGAUCUUGCGUUUGGUUUCUUGCACUUUCCAAUGUCAAUCCCUUCUUCUCGACUUCUUUCCUGAUUUCAUCUACCCAGAUAACUCUUGGUCUUCCUCUUUUGUUUUUCCCCUGCACUCUCGUUUCGAACACUCGUUUUGUAAGCCUCUCGUUCGACAUUCUACACACGUGCCCGAACCAUCUAAGUUGUUCCUCCACUAUUUUUUCAUUGAUUGGUUCCAGUUUUAGGUUUUGUAUAAUUGUUUCGUUUCGUAUUUUGUCUGUCCUCUUUCUGUUUUCUAUUUUCCUCAGGAACCUCAUUUCCAUAGCAUUGACUCUGGAUUUUUGUCUCCCCGUCAAUGUCCAUGUCUCGCUGCUAUACAUGAUUGUUGAUCUAACUACUGAUUUAACGACUGCCGUUUUUACUUUCUCCGGUAUCUCUUUUUUCCCCAAAAAUGUUGUUUUCAUAGCGUUAAAUAAGCUUCCUGUUCGUCCCAUUCUCUCGUUUAUUUCCAUGUCUUGUUUACCAUUUGCUUCGAUUAUUACUCCUAGGUAUUUAAAAUAUUCCACUUGCUCUAGUUGUUUCCCGUCUAAUUCUAUUGCGUGUGUCUUCUUCAUAUUUGAAAUUAUCAUUGUUUUUGUUUUCUCUGUAUUACUUCGGUUACUUUAAAUUAAAUAUAAACUAUAAAAAAACCUUAAUUUGAUCUAUUUUGAAGUCUAUAAAAGGGGGAAAAUUACCAAAAACCAGUUUUUUGGAUUUUUGAAGGUGGUGCACUUUACGUAAUAAUCUGAAAAAAAUAUAAAUAUAGGUUUUGGUAUAAUAUACAACAUAAAAAAAUAGACCUGAAGCCAUGUCCACAAAAAAACUAAACGUAUUAAAAAUAAAGUGGCAUUUUGAGAUUAUGUAGACUGGACCUAUGGGUCUAUAAAAAAUAAAAAACUAUGCGCGUGAAUUUAAAAAAAAUUUAAAUUGAUUGCAUCCCACCUAAAAAAAAGUAAAAACGAAAAAAAUACGUUUUUGAUGGUUGGGCGACAGGGAAGGGGUGGAGGGUAAAAAUUGAGAUGAAUCUUAUUUUUUAAUCACAUAGAAAACAAAAAAAUGAAAUAAAUUGAAUUCUGGGAUUAAAGCAUUUUGCCUAUCUUAACGGGGGUACCUUUUAGACCUAUGUAUUUUAUUAUUAUAGUAUAUUUUUGAGACAUCAUUUUUUGUGUUGUAUUUAAAUGUUAUUUUUCUCGAAUGUAUCUAGUUUAUAAGUUCUAAUUGUUGAUAAAAAGAAUGUAUUUUUAUAAUUUGUAUCAAUAUAUAUUAUAUGUUUGUGAGAAAUAUAUUUAAAAUAUAUUAUUUGUGAUGGUAUUUUACACAUUUAUGGGUAUUAAUUUUGAAUAUGUAUAGUAGGUGUAUUUUUGUGCCAUUUUAUUUUGGUUACCAAGAAUCUAUGUAGACAUAUCAUGAGCUCCAAGUAAAAGCACUGUAAGUAGAAGCCUUUUAAUAACAAAAACAAAUCAACAUGAAAAAUUGCACACCAUUUACAGUGGUUCUUCGAUUUUAAGUUUUUUCGUAAAAGUAGGACUUUCUUAUUUUAUUAGCGUACAGGUGCAUGUUAGGAAAGGGUUGACAAUUAAAAUUAAGUCAUAAAACGACUAAACUCUUACUUCUAGUGCAGUUCUAUUCUUCUGUCAAAUACUUUUAUGACAGAUUUAUAAAAACUGGGAUUUUGAGAAAUUUCCGUAGUAAUUAGUUUGAAUUGAAUUUUUAGUAAUGGUGUUGAUCUUCAUACAGAUAUAUUACACUCCUCUUGAAAAUAACGAUUUAAAAAAUUCACAUUUUAAUAUAUUUCCAGUGGUAUUCCAUUCUAUUCACCGAACAUUAUACACCAAAUUAAAGUAAUAUUCAGUAGUUUAAUUUUAGACGAUCUUUCACAACAUUCCUUCAUGACAUAUUGAAAAUAAAAAUACAAUUUAAAAAAAAAUAUUUUAAAAUUAAGGUAACUUACACAAGAAAUAAUUAUUUUUCAGAAUUGUUUUGAUUAUAUUUGUUUUAUGUCAACAUCAUUUUUAAGUGUAUAUACAGUAUGUCACAUUUAAGAUGAAGACACCCCUAUAUUUCAGCUUUCAAAUUAAAUUCCGAUUUGAAAUUUUGCAGUCAUACAGGUUGAUAGUUCACAUUUAACGCCACAUACCAAAUUUCAUGACAAAAGUCGUACUUUUAGUUUUUACAUUUUUUGUAGCCAGGAUUCUAAAACCUAUCAUUGGCUGUCCCGAGAUGCAUCUCUGGACAGCCAAUUGUAUGUUUUAGGAUCCAGACUACAAAUACUGAAAAAACUAAAAGUGCUAAUUUUGUCAUGAAAUUUGGUAUGUGGGGUUAUAAUAUCUAAUAUUUGGAUCAACUUUUCCAAAUAACUUUUUCUUGUAUCUUUAACGUGAAGCAAAAUAUCUAAAAUUCACCCUAAUUGUGGAUUCGCAGUAAGGCGCGUUUAAAAUUUAAAUUUCAGUAGACUAUCUUAAAAAAUGUGAACCAUCAAUCUGUAUGACAUCACACUUUAUUAUUUCAGGGUUUGGAAGAACUGGUAUAAUUUCAGUGUUGUCAACUAGGCAUUGCUCAUUCUUCACUAUUUUAAAUUUGUUUCAUGUGUUGUUCAGAGAUUUUGUGCCUACUAUUUCAACUGCUAAUACAUCAUCUGGUAUGUCCUGAACUAUAUACCUACACAUAAUCUAUACUGGUGUCUUUUUUGGACUUCCUCUUAGGACCGUAACAGGCAAAUAUAAUCCUGUGGUCAAGUUUCUUCAUUUGCAUUUUAACAUUUCUUCUAGUAUAAGUUGAAACAGUGAACUUUUUUUGAUGUAGAUAGUUCAAUAAAACACUAUCAACGGAAUUUUCAUCCAAGUUGUCGUUUGCUGUAAUUUUUUUGUAAAAUUCUUUCAGGAUCUAAAUACAUAAAUAAUUCUACUUAAUCUUAAAGAAGGUUAUUAAUUCCUGCUUAAUAACAUUGACACUCAUCAAGACACCUGAUGCUGAACCAAACAUUGUGCUGAAACAGUUUUUGCGAAUAGUCGAAGUCAGUUACAGCUGGAAGGAAACCCCAUUCAUCAUAAAUUCUAGUAGCACAAAGUAAAGUCCGUUUUUCCGCAAUAGUAAAAAAUUUGUGUCCACCAUUUUUUCUCAUAUGAGCAUCAUCAUAUUUUCUACUUUCGUCGGGGAACUGACACAAACAAACCAUUGUGCACCAAAAGACUGAAAAGAAAAAUUAAAGAUCUAAGAGCAACAAUACAUAAUGAACCAGUUAAAUUUUGCCCAAUGUGCACAAUCACUUUGACGCUCGUGUUUAAAAUGGGUGUUUAUGUGUUAGAUUUUAUUUUCACUUAAUCCAUAAUGAUUUUGAACACUAUCACUAUUCAAUUACAUAUUGAGAACCGAUUGAAUUGACUGUAAAGACGCUUUUUUCUUGGACUUGGGGUGUACAAUUGAUGUGUUUAUCCAUAUGUCAGUUUAGCUGAGUUCAUCAAUUAGUUUUUUCAUAUUUUAUAAAAAAGUUACUUAAUUCUGGAGAUUGAUUAAAUUUCCUCAAUUUAUUUUUUAGAUCUAUCUAUAAAUGAAAAGUAGCUUUGUUGAAAAAAAACAGUUAUAACAAAAUAACGUCUAUGUCAUUUGUUAUUAAUACUUCCUCCUCGGGCUCUUAUAGCAGGCUGCAUACGUCUUGCCAUUGUGGUAAUUAAAUUUUGAACACGAAGUUGGUCAAAUUCUUCCCAUAUUGUCUGAAAAAAAAAUUAGGUCCUAUGAAUGGUGCAAAAGGUACCACAUGCUCAUCUAAAAUGGUUGUUAUAUGCCUUGUUCCUGUCAUAGAAACUUAAUAAUAAUAAUAAUAAUAAUAAUAAAUGUCUUUAUUAAUGUCUUCCAAAAAAAGAUACAAAAAUAACAGAAAAUAAAUUUGGGGCGAGAUUCAGUUCGUACGUUACUUUUAACAAUAUAUUUUUACAGAGAAGCUUUAGCAGUCAACGUACGUCUGCUCUUCCACCUAACCCCUAAAGCCUAACUUCAUCCACAAGAACUUAAUUAGUACGGGUAUCAGAACUUAUACUAGGCCAAACCAUAACUGAGCCUCCUCGAUAAGUUAUUCUAUAGGCAAUAUUGCAUUGGACAAAUUGUUCUUGUCUUCUCCAGAUUCUUCUGCGGCCGCCUGGUGACCUCAAGAAAAUCUGGACUUCCAAACAGAACAUUACUUCAAUCUGCGUAAUUACAAUUUUCGUGUUCCCUUGCAAAAGCAAGUCGAACUCUGCUAUGUUUCACAGAUAGCUGUGCGUAUAGAGCUGGGUUAAUAAAGCCCUAAAAUUCAGUGGCGUACUGAUAAACCACCGGCCCUGGUUCCAAUAAAAACCCACAUUGUAUAUAAAAAAUGUUUAAUAAGCAUUAAAUAUAAAUCAUCAUAUUUUAUAUCAUCAAAUAUAUCAUAUAAUUAUAAAAACUCAAGCUAAUUAUAGUCCAUUUACUCACGGUUCUUGCUGUUAAAGAACCGCUCGGAUUAAGAUGAAAUUUGGCAUACCCGUAGCUAAAAUGUCAAACAAAAAAAAGUGAUACCUAUUUUGGCCUGGGGGUGACUUUCACCCCUUCUCGGGGGGUGAAAAACAUACGUUCAAGAUAAGUCCGGAAUUGGAUAACCUGACUAAUUCUUAAUUAAACACUUAAAAAUUAUUGGUGACACUUCUUCUUUACGUGCCAUCUCCGCGACGAAGUUUGGCAAUCAUCAUUGCUAUUCUAACUUUAGACACUACAGCCCGAACGAGUUCAGUUGAGCUGCAUCUAAACGAUUCUCUUAGAUUUCUCAGCCAGGACUUUUUUCUUCUACCUAUGCUGCUCCUUCCUUUAAUCUUUCCCUGCAUUAUUAAUUGUAGGAGUUCAUAUCUGUCACCACGUGUUAUGUGACCCAAGUAUUGCUGAUACCAAAAAUCUCAACUAGUAAAAAAAUAUAUGUUUUACUAUUGUGAAUAUUUUGGUUUUAGUUUGUAUUUUGUUUUCCUGAAGACAAAAAUUGGUUAUAGAAGAUAUAGCAGUGCAAAAUUUGCAUACACUCGUGAUUAGUGACUCGUUAAAGCCCAUUUAACUACAGCCUUUUCAAAAAUAAGCACUUUACACCAACGAAUCUUACAUGUCUUAUAAACAAUACAUAAGUAAAGUAAUUUGUGAAGUGGUAACGAUUAAUUUCAUUUCAAAUGUUAAUUAGAGGGUGAUUUUCACGGCUUUUUUACCAACCAUAAAAAAGAUGCCAACAUCAUUUUGAUCGUAACUUACUUCUAAUAAACUGUUUAAAAAAACAAUGGACUAUUAAAACAGUAAGUUAAUAUUCAUCCUAUCGUUUUUUAUACUGACAUGAGUGAACACUUUACGCCAGCCGUUUUCAUAAAUAAUGAAACUCAAAAAUCUCCAGUCAUAAUUAAAAACCUUAAUAUCGAAAACUAAAACAGCUUCUAAAAAAUUAACAUUGGAAUGAAAUUUAUAUCAACAAAAUAGAUUCUCAAAUUGCAAAUGAUAUAAUGUAUAAAUUUAUAAAUAAGUUAAAUAAUUACAUACAAACCUCUAGGGAGAUAAAACGGUUAAAUACAAUUUAUAAAACAUUAAUAAAAGAUUUUCUUAAAAAGAAAUUAGUGUCUAUAUUUAUCCUUAUUAUAGUUACCAUUAUAUAUUGUCUAUAUUUAGAAUUUAACUUCAGAACUACCUAAAAGUACAGGCUGAAGGAUGCGGGUGCUAUAAACACGAGUAUUGAACAUCGAGCCAAUUGUAUAGGGAUUAUUUUUAUGACCGUAUAAAACUUGUAUUGAUCAGUUGCCGACUUUCUGCAGCUGUAGUUUACCUAAAACCUAUUCAUAAUUAUUGUACAUAUAAAAAAUACAAGGGUUUGAGUUAGCACGUGUAGGCAGCACCGACGGUGAUAAUAGUCUUUAAAAGUGUAGAAACAAGGGCUUCGGAACAGGUAAAACGAGUAAGAAACCUUACAAAAGCGUAGUUUCAUAAAUUUUUUUUUUUUUAAUUUUUUGAUGAAUAGAUAUUCUUCGUGUUUAUUUAUAAGUACACCUACAACAAUUAAAAUUUAUUUAGCAGUUACAUUUCCUAGUCUGUACUUGUGUAAUAGUUUAAAAUGUUUCCAUCAAAUUAGAAAUAAAAGAAUCAAAAACCGCGUUAGAGCGGGCCCGGGCCCUGGUUCCGCGGAACCAUGCUCAGAGCGCCACUGCCAAAAUUGUAUAAUCAGGUAUUCGAUUUUUGUGUUGAUAUAGGUUAAAUAUGUUUCAUGCUAAUUAAUAGACAACUUUUUGGUUUUCAAAAUAUAUCUGCUUCAAGUUACUGCACUUACUUGUGAUUUUAGAGCUUAUGAUAUGUCAAGGUUCUCCUAGGUUUUUUUGUUGGAUAAUUUGGGUACUUAUUGUUUGACUAAAAUUCCCUUAAUAUUAUUUUAUUUUUGCACAUAACCUUUUGUUUAACUAUUAAAUACAUAGUAUGUCAUUUGCCUUAACUAUUGGAAAAUGUAGAAGCAAAUACAAAAUUAUUACAUUUCUGUGUAGAUAAUUAAUAAGUAAAUUAGUAUCAAAUUAAUUUGAAGAAUAUAAUAAUAUGUUCAAUAAUCUUAAUACUUUAUUUUUAUGUAAAUACUGCUCGAAUAAAGCCAACAGAUGUGCGUGUGUUUUAAACUGCCAACAGAUGUGUUUUAAACUACACUGCGCGUCAUUAAUAAUAGGCCACCUAAAAUUUUUGGCAUUUUUUAAUUUUUACGAACUCUACUAGAAAUUGAUUAUCAUUAGAUUUUUGUGUAAUGUUUAAGAAUACAGUGGAACCCCGAUAAGUCGGCCUCCGAUAACCCGGAAGUUCGGCUAACCCGGACCGAUUUUCAUCAGACAGAUCAAACAUUAUUUCAGUUUGACUGAGUUUUUAACCAAGAAAUGAACAAUACUGUAUACAACUGUACGUAAUUUAGAUGUAUUGUCCAUAUGCAUUUCACGUUUUCGCAAUUAUAAUAGAGUUUACCUGUAAGUAUACAGUAUUUUAUUAAUUUUUACCAUAUUCUCCGGAUAACCCGGAUUUUCGAUAACCCGGAUCGGCCGCGGUCCUGAUUAAUCCGACUUAUCGAGGUUCCACUGUAUGUUCUAAAGCAGUAUGCAACCAUAAAUAACAAAUGUCAAAAAAAAAGUUCUCCCAAAAUGAUGAUUUUAAUGGAAAAUUUAUAAAGUUAACGUAGUAAAUUUUUUCUGACAAAAAUUACAAUUAAGUCGUGAUUUUCAAUAUUUUGUAUUACCACAUCUAUUUUAAAUUACACUCCUCAUCCGACUUGCCAUUAAAUUGAUCAAGUACUGGAUGUUCUCUUGACUAAAAGCACUCAUUCUUCCGUGAACGCGAACCGAAGGUACUCACGAUUUAAUGGAGCAGGUAUUCUGUUUCUUACUCUUCGUUUGAGUUGGUCCCAAACAUGCUCAAUCGGGUUCAAAUCUGGGCUUUGAGCAGCCUAAUUGAGGCGCUCAGAGCAACAGUGGCCUAACCCCAAGAACGAAGUUUUGAGAUAAAUGCAAUAUUUGCAUUCGUAUUUACAUUAUGCUUAUGGGAUGGCGCUACAAAUUAUGUAGCGCUAUUUAGCCAAAGGUAGAGGUAGAUUGUGUAGACCUUUGUUAAUCCGAAGAUUUAAUGUUGCUGCUUUUAUUGAUAUAUUUAUCUAAAAAUGCUCAAUUUGUGGGUUAGACCACUGUUGUUGAGCACCUCAUCAUUUUUGUUACACCGACGGUUUCCAGGUACUGCAUUACCAUCCUGGCUACAUGUGGCCGCGCGUUGUCUUGCAUGAACAAAAUGUUUUCGCCCACAAAAUUUCUGUAAUGUAUCCAUGAGCAUUGAACGCUCGUCUAUCAAUAAACACGUCAGUACGGCUUUCUAAUGAAAUGCCUGCUUAACACAUUACAGAGCCUCUUUCAAAGCAGCACGUACUCGUCGAACAUAAGCAGCAAAUCGUCCCCCCACGUCUUCUGUACGUUUUGAUGCGACCACCUGAGCCAUAAAGAAGCAUCCUGGACUCAUCACUAAUCAAAACAUUUUUCCAAUCUUCUAUCCAAUGCUCGUGGUCUCUAGCAAACUCAAGCCGGCGUUAUCGAUAUGCUGCUGUUAAAAAAGGUCCUGUUGCUGGGGAGCGAACCCUUAGGCCAAAUUCCCCCAACCUUCCCACUGCAGAAGUGCUUAAUGACCACCCGUGAGCAUUUUGAAAAUGGUCCUGGAUUGCUCUGGUCAUAAAGAACCGAUUUUGCAAAGAAGUUCGUUUUAAAGAACGGUCUUCUCUGGUCGUCCUGAUUCUUCUCGCGCCUGAUCCUGGUCGUCGAUCAUGAGAUACAGUUUCUACAAAUCGUUUGUAUGUUUUUUGGACCAUACAACGACUGACUCCAAGCUGUCUGGCUACUUCUCUUUGACUCCUUCCAUUAUCAAUCAAAGUAACAAUUUGAACAGAUCUAGCAAAUCUCUUAGUCAUAGCCAUUCAUAGCUUUACUUUAAAAAUUGCGCAAGUUCACUCUUUGAACAACUGUACACUAAUGAAAGAUUUUUGAAAAACAGAACAGCCAUAUUACAAGAAAAACAACGUACAAACAACACAUGCAUUCCUUGAAGUCAUAAAACUGAAAUCAAUUCUGCGAUUUUAUUACCCUUGACCUAUCGGAACCGUUUGGCAGUGCCUAAAAGUGUUUCUGCAUUGCGGGAGUACAGUUACAAUACAAUAGAAUAAAUUGAGUACCUAAACUAAAAAUUAUUGAAAAAAUUCUAAAUGGCCUCUUUUUAAUGACGCGCAGUGUAUUUGCGUUCUUAUCCCCAUUGUCAUUAGAUAAAAACGUGAAUGCUUGUUAAAAUAUUGAACAAGCUUGUACUGUUAAUAUUUUUCAGUAAUAUCCAUACCAUUCAUUUCGAUAAUAAAAAAUGUCCUGAUUUUACAUUCUUUUAAGUUCUUUAUUAAUUUACUGACCUACGAAUUCCAUGUGUUAAUCUUCCGAUUUGUUGUAAAAACAGGCAAAAUGACAUAAUUAAGUGCUCUUACUAAUUGGCUAGUCACAUAAACGCUUUUUGAUAGUAAUAAUUUUGUAAUAUAUGUUUAUCUACUUUGUA